GCCGCAAGCGCGCUUCGGUUGUUCCACAAGUGGUCGACGAUGUUGUCCCAGGUUUCGGCAGGGAAUGGCCCACCCGGUGUGGCCUUCAUCGACAUGGCUUGUGCCUAAAACUAACGUCAGGUUCUGCAAACAGGAGUGCUUCAAAGCAUUGAAAGCAAUGAGCAUCGUUGACUUACAAAAAUUGGCGUUGCCCAAACGUCGCCCCGUUUGGUGUCCUUGUCCUUGCACCUAAGCGUGGCAAGUAAUCAACACGUCGUCUUCUCGUCCUGUGUUA